AUGUCAGAGUCUACUUGUCAAGUUGGUAUAAGCAUAUUUUUGAAAAUUCCGAAAAUUAUAAGUCAAAUUAAAGAAUAUAUUUUAGAUAAGAACUUUUUUCAGUUUGCAUUUGAGCCACGGUGAGACUUGGGGCUUCUAAAAUCUUCAAAAAGCUUUUUUCGUGUUCUUUAAAAUUAUUGUAGCCAACUGGACGAAGCUUAAGAUUAACAAUCUGUUUCAAAAUAAUUGAAGGGACAAAAAAAAUUUGAAAUCUCUUUCUUCUAAUUCCAUUUCCUCAAGUUUUGCAUUCAGCUAAAAAUCGCACUCGACAUGUCUUUCGACGAAUUGAUGAGCGAGAAAGAUCAACGACGGGCGGUGCACCAGAUCGGCUGGUGUUACACGGCGAAUAGGCACGCACCCGAGCCCUUCCAGUUCUAUAUCGUCGGCUUCAACGGCCCAACUCGCCAUGUAAUUUUUAAUUCAUACGAAAAACCAACAAAUCUCUCCAGAUUUACGACAACGUGCCGCACAACAGGAACCAGGACAUUUUUCUCAAGGAAUCCAAGUUGGAAGAGACCUUCGAACUUGAAAAUAUCGUUUAUUUGACUGCUGAAUCGGAUAACGUCGGUUUAUCGUGUGUAUGAGAGAUUGAAUCAAAUUUUGAAGGUCCUCGGAACUUUAGAAGAUUCGAAAGUAUACGUGAUAGGCGGCUUGGUCGAUCACAACUCUCAAAAAGGACUUUGUCAUAAGUUGGCCGUUGAGAAAGGCUUCAAUCAUGCGCGGCUUCCGAUCGAUGAGUUCGUAAAUCUGAAGACGAGGAAGGUUUGUUAAUUCGAAAUUCUUUGAAGUCUACCUGAAACGUUUCACAUUUCUUAAAGUUUUUGUUUUACUGCCAAGAACUUUGCGAAUAGAUUGAAAAUGUUAGUGUAAUGAGUAAAAAAAACAUGGAAAUUAGACAUUUCUGUUUUGUAUACAAUCUUGGUCAUUUUCUGAACAGCUGAACUUUUUAAAUUUUGAAGUUACUGGACUUUUUCAUAUUUCUUUAGAAGUUAACCCGAAUUUUUUUUAUCGGGAAUAAGAAUUCUUUAGUCUGGAACUCUGAAUAAAUUUAGAGAUAGCUAUGUUUUUCAUUUGUCAACUAAUUCACUAUCAAGUUUCUUGAAUUUACCAAAUUUAUGGCUUUUGACUCGAUUUUAAUCUAUUCUCAGGUCCUGACCAUCAACCACGUGUUUGAAAUCCUGGUCCACUACAAUAGCAGCGGAAACUGGGAGCAAGCCUUCUUCUCAGUUAUCCCUCAACGGAAAGGAAUGCAAAAGAAGGAGGAAACAGAAGGUUCCAGCUGA